CGAAAUUUGCCACCCCCUGAAUCUCUCUCUUCUCGCGACGCUUUCUUCGCAACGCCCCUGACAAAAGCAGUUUAUCGUGGUGAUAGAGAUGAGUCAACAUCAUAAUCUUCCGGAGGUUUCUAGUCGCAUACAACAGGAACAAAGCCAUGAUUACAGUUCCAUUCAUCCAUCUAGCAGUUCUUUACCACCAUUUGAUCUGCAUCCACAGACACAUAGAGAGAAUACCAAGCAUUUCCACUAGUAUGUAUUAUAUCCUUCUGUAGAUGGACAAUGCUACUAUGGUGUAAGGAUUGUGACAGGCAACCCAGCUGACAGUUCUGUCCGCGAUGGAAAUAUUAAAAUUACUCUUGUUGGAAGUGAAGCUGUUUCUAGUGGAGAUAGUGUUUUAAGCUGGCUUGACAUAUUCCAUAACAUAUUCCAUAAAGAUAGCAGACGCUAUUUUGACUUGACGAGUGUGAUGGAAGUUUAGGGGAAGUGUUGGUGGUGCAAUUACAUAAAAAUGCAUCCUGGAUACCGCAAUGGUACGUCGACUUUGUUGAAGUUUACACUUUUGAUCCACUCCAGAAGCAAGUUUUUCCGUGCUACUUUUGGUUUGGCAACAAUGAUUCAAUCUCCUUCUCAUCUGCUACAACUUUGCCUCAAGAUGUAAAGAACAACCCAGUUCUAGUGCGCUAUCGAGAAAUGCAGCUCCAAAAACGACAUGAUAGUUACCCCUGGAUGACACACCAAUUAGCCCACCUUCCAUCUUCCUUUGACGAUAAAUUCCCGCUACCAACCGAGGAAGGUUUUGAGUUUGUCAAAAAUGUCGAUUUUUAUAAAUCAGGAGCCGUUGACACCAUUGAUGCAGCGGAAGUCAUUAUAAUCACUAAAAGCAGACAAUGUCUGAAUAUGAGAAAAUGGCCAAGCUACACCCAGUGUCCGACGUCCGUGUCUCUGAACUCGGUCGGUGGACAUCCGACGUUGAGUUUGGGCGACAGAUUAUGAAUGGAGUGAAUCCAGUUGUCAUUCAACGAUACGAUUCCCCUCUGGACAAUUUUCCAGUUACCGACAAGAUGGUUAAAGGUCUACUUGAUCGUGGAGAGACUUUGGCACAAGCGAUGAAGGCUGGUCAUGUGUAUAUCUGUGAUCUUAAAAUCAUGGACGGUGUUCCAUGUAAAGAAGGGGCCUACUGUCAGCUCCUUUGUGUCUGCUUCACGUGAAUGGAGCUGGUCAGUUGAAGCCAAUUGCCAUUCAGCUGGGGCAGAAACCUAAAGAUCACCCAAUCUUUCUGCCUACUGAUGGAUGGGUCGACUGGCUCACUGCAAAAAUAUAUUACAUGUCAUCUCAUUCACAGUUUCACGAGAUUAGCAGUCACUACCUCACCUGCCACGCUGUGAUGGAAACAUACUCAAUGGGGCUCAUGCGCAAUAUUCCAAAUGCCCACCCAGUCUACAAGCUCCUGCGGCCACACGUUCGCUACACGAUGGCUAUCAAUAGAAAGGCCAGGGAGUCGCUAAUCAACGCAACAGGAAUCCUUGCAAGGACAUUUUCUGUUGGUGCCGAUGGUGAAUUAGAAGUUUUUAAAAGAUGUGGAACAGCAUAUUCUGUUCAUUGGAGUAACAUCAAACAUAAUACUGAAGAACGAGGUGUUGAUGACGCAAGCAAACUACCUCAUUAUUACUAUCGCGAUGACGGAUAUCGGGUUUGGGAUGCUAUUGAGUCUUAUGUCACUGAAAUUAUAGACAUGUUCUAUGUCAACGAUGCAUCAGUUAGUGAAGAUGAAGAGUUGCAAAGUUUUGCUAAUGAUGUCCAUUUCAAUGGUUUCCCUGCAUAUGGGGGAUCUCUUGGUCAUGAGUUUCCGUCUUCAAUUGCAACUAAGGCCGAACUAGUUCAGAUUUGCACCCUUGUUAUGUUUACUGGAUCAGCUCAACAUGCUGCUGUCAAUUUUGGUCAAUACACCUACUACAGUUUUGUUCCCAAUGCUCCGUUUGUUCUGCAUAAACCACCUCCAACAAGAAAGGGGAAACUCAAGUUCAAGGAUCUAAUGGAUUCUCUUCCAGACAAGGAGGAAACAUUGGCCACUAAUGUUCUUGUUAGUCUUCUCUCAGGUUAUUCCCCAGAUGAGAUUUACUUGGGAGCAUACCCUCCUGAGCAGUUUGUUGAAGAAAGAGCAAAGCAGGCUGUGAAGGAGCUUGACGUUAAACUCAAGCAAAUUUAUGAGAUGAUUAAGAAGAGGAAUGAAGGUCUUGAUGUGCCAUACAUCUAUAUGUCCCCCAAGAACAUUCCAAAUAGUAUCACAAUUUGAGAAAUAUUUUAGCAUUAUCUUUUAUUUGACUAGGAUUGUAAAAUUAAUAGUAUUACUUUUUGUUGCUUCAUAGUAACGAUAAAAGGAUCAGCAAAAUGCUGAACUAUGGAUUAAAAAGGGAGAGAA